CAUGGGGAGUGAGGCAGGACCCCUAUUGAGCCCAGGCCAGGCAUCCAGUUACAAGAGAUAUGUAAAGGAAGCAAAAGAAGCCACCAAGAGUGGCAAUAUAGAAGAGGCCCUUAAAGCUCUUCUACUUGGCCAAAGCCAUUUAUCCCAAUGACCAGGUUCUGAGCAGAAUCCAGAGACUACAGGAAGCCCUGGAAGAGCUGUCAGUGGAAGAAAUUGAGGAAUUUGUCAACGUGUGCAACAGUGGCCUGAUGCUCUAUGGGGAACUGCACGAUCACCUCUUAGAGUACCAGAAAGAAGGCGUGGCUUUUCUCUAUAGCCUAUAUAAAGACAAGAGGAAAGGUGGCAUACUGGCAGAUGAUAUGGGGUUGGGGAAGACUGUUCAGAUCAUUGCUUUCCUCUCGGCCAUGUUUGAUACUGAACUUGUAAGUCAUGUCCUAUUGAUCAUGCCAAGCAGCCUAAUUAGCAUGUGGCUCAAAGAAUUUGCAAAGUGGACCCCAGGAAUGAGAGUUGCAACGUUUCAUGGGUCUAGCAAGAAUGAACGUACUAAAAAUCUAAUUAGGAUUCAGAGGAAGAAUGGUGUGGCUAUUACAACAUACCAAAUGUUAAUCAAUAACUGGCAGCAACUUUCCCAAAUGGAUGGGAAAGAGUUUGUCUGGGACUAUCUCAUACUUGAUGAAGCCCAUAAAAUUAAAAGCUCAUCUACUAAGUCAUCAAAAAUUUCCCGUUGUAUCCCUGUUAAAAAUCGCAUCCUCCUUAUAGGAACACCAAUUCAGAAUAACUUGUAUGAGCUGUGGUCCCUUUUUGAUUUCACCUGUCAGGGAUCCUUGCUAGGAACAUCUAAAACCUUUAAAAUAGAGUAUGAAAAUCCUAUUAUUAGGGCAAGGGAGAAAGAUGCUACUACAGGAGAGAAGGCUCUGGGGUUCAAAAUCUCUGAAAACUUGAUGACUCUUAUCAAAUCCCAUUUUCUCAGGAGAACUAAAGAAGAUGUCCAGAAGAAAAGUGCCAAUAAUAAACAGAGCAGUCUUCCUGAAAAGGAUCCAGGUGGUGGUGAUGUCUGUGAAAUGCCUUCUCUUUCCAAGAAAAACGAGUUAAUUAUUUGGGUGCAUUUAGUGCUUCUGCAAGAAGAAAUCUAUAGGAAAUUUGUAUCCCUGAACCACAUCAAACAGCUAUUGAUAGAAACCCAUUCACCUCUGGCCGAGCUGAGUAUCUUAAAAAAGUUGUGUGAUCACCCAAGGUUACUGUCAGCACGGAUCUGCAGUCUGUUAGAUCUCAAAGGAAGUAGCCUCUCCAAUGGAGAUGAAAGUCAGUUGUUUCAUUCAGAUAUCCAGAUUGAUCAGUUACCACAUGAUUCACUAAUGCAAGAAUCUGGGAAAGUGAUAUUCCUUAUGGCUUUGCUUAAGAGAUUACAAGAUGAAGGACACCAAACUCUGGUGUUUUCCCAAUCCCGAAAACUUCUAGACAUUAUAGAACACCUGUUAAAGGCAGAAAAUUUCAAGACUUUGCGUGUUGAUGGAACUGUUACUCAUCUUUCCGAAAGACAGAGGCAAAUUGACUUAUUUCAACAGAGUCGGGGGUGGGGGGGUUCUGUUUUUCUCCUCACUUCCCAAGUAGGCGGGGUAGGUCUUACUUUAACAGCAGCAACUCGAGUGGUCAUCUUUGAUCCUAGCUGGAAUCCUGCGACUGAUGCCCAAGCAGUAGAUAGAGUUUACAGAAUUGGACAAAAAGAAAAUGUUGUUGUAUAUAGGCUGAUCACCUGUGGCACAGUGGAAGAGAAAAUAUAUAGAAGACAGGUUUUCAAGGAUUCAUUAAUAAGACAGAUGACAGGGAUUUUAAAAAAAAACCCUUUCAGAUACUUUAGCAAACAAGAAUUAAGCGAGCUCUUCACAAUAGGGGAUUUUCAGAAUUCUGCAACACAGUUGCAGAUGAAUUCUCUACAUGCAGGUCACAGAAAGACUGAUAAGAAACUAGAAGAACAUAUUGCAUACCUGCACACUUUGGGAAUAGCGGGAAUCUCUGACCAUGAUUUGAUAUUCACACAUGAUAUUCCUGAAGAGUUAGAGGAAGAACAAUCUCAGUAUAUUCAAGAAAGGGUUCAAAAGGCUCAAAUCCUAGUUGAAUUAGAGUCUCAGAAUAAUGAACUCUUAAAAAGCAAUAUAAAAAGUAGAAUUGAGGAAACCUGGUUGAAAGAACCCACAUCUUGCAGACCAAAGAAAAAAGGCCCAGAAUUUAAGGUUGUACAUCAUCUUUCCCCACCUAUCAAUGUUGAUCUUGCUCAGGAAGACUCUCUCCACUCUGGUAUUGCAACUCUAAAUAUCACUGAAGACAGCAAGAUACGCGAUCUCUCCGGCAUGGACGUAGAUGUGUCUGUAAAACAAUCUGAUGUUGAUGUACCUGAACACAAAGUUGAUGAUGAACUUAGAACUACUUUUUCCAGUGAAGAGUACCAUGAAAUGGAAAUAUCAACAACCAGUAAUCCCAAUGAUAGUCAAGUUUCAAUAGAUAACACUCAAGGCAGUGUAAAGCAGUUAGCUCAGGAAAUAGCAAAAGCUGGUACUGAACCAAAUCCAGAUCAAUUAACAAAGCAUGAGAUUCCCCUGGAAUCUCUCCUCUUGCCCAUCAGUCCAGAGAAGUCUAUGGAAUUGGAUACUUCUAUCAAUAGCCUAACAGGCGAUAUAUCAGCAUGCCCACAUUCAUGGGAGAAUUCUGGACCAAAUCAGAGCAGGUUAGGGAAAGCAUCUUUAGUUUCUUCACUGAAGAAUAUUGGUGACUUCAAUCUUUUCUUAGAAGACUCCCUAGGGAGUGGCCAAAAUCUUUCUAAUCUGCCUCUGGAACCCACUGAGAGAGAGAAUAUCACGUGGGAGUUAGCAGACAAUCCUGGAGAGAAAAGUAGUAGCAUCAAGUCUUUACAGCUUGAUGAUUGCUCUGAUGGAGAAAGUGAACUAGAAGAGGAAAUAAUUCGUGUGAAAACAAGACAUAAUGCAAAGAAGAUUGUUUCAGAUGACGAAGGUGAUUCUGUGAUUGAGGGGAUGUUAUCCCCUUUACCAAACCCAUUACUAAUACAAUUUAGUUCAUCUCCUAAAAGCAACAGAUCCCAAUUGGAAUUGUUUUUCUCUGAAAUGUGCAGUGGUGGGAAUAAUUCUGCAAUUUCUAGAAGAUCCCUGGCUUCUAGGAGAUCUCUUAUUAAUGUAAUUUUAGACCACGUCGAAGAUAUGGAAGAAGAUGCCUGUGAGCCAAAGAGUACCAAUGAGUAUUUAGAAGAAGCGGCAUCAGUAGCAGAGUCUAGUCAAGAGUCUGAACACUCAGAAGAAGAAGCCACUGAAGAAACCUCACUGUUCCAGAGGGAGGUCUGCUCUUUGCCUGCACCUCAUGCAGACUCCACCCCAUGUGCAUCCAAUAAAGAUUCCCAAGAGACACCUGAGCACAACCCAAGUUCAGCUGCAGAGGCAACAGAUGAGUACGAGACUCUUGUCAGGUAUGGAAAAGAAUUGAAAGAGAGUGGGAAAAUCCAGGGAGCACUCAGCUGUUUACUGAAAGCCCUUGAUAUACAAAGCACAGACCCUCAAGUCAUGCUCAUGGCUUUAAGUUUAUAUAAGCUACUUAAUCAAAUGUGAAAAUCCACUGAAGGCCUAUCUGUGCUGAUUUUUGUAAUUCUGUUUCUCCCAAGUGAAGGCAACAGAGGAGAGGUUCCAGCACGUUAAUAUAGCAUGUUCAUGUUCCUACUUUUUUGUGAUCACUAGUUUCCUUCAUUACUCCCAUCAAGGCUGGGGAGGAUUGAGAUUUUGGCUGCCUGUUUUGUACUUAUUGUUUCACUUUUGGGGCAGUCCAAAUGGGAGGAAGUUGGUUUUUUAAAGGUUCUUUUAUGUUUACAAGCCAGUUGACCCUGUUCUGAAAAAAAAACAUCCCCAGGGUUUUGCAAUCCAGAGGGGAAAAUAAAAGUGAAUUUCAUUCAAAAAUAAAUAGGAUCAUAAAUUGAGAACUGGAAGCAACUUUAGAAAUCAGCUAUUCUACCAUCACUCCUUCUAAUUGUACAGAUGAGAAAACUGAGGCCCAGAAAAGCAAAGGAAGUCUUCUAAAGUUACUUAACCAAGUGGCAAAGUUGGGAGUCUAAUCCACUAAGUCACCAAAUCCAGUGUUCUUUCCACUCUACCACCAAAAGUUAUUGACUAACUGACUGCAACAGAGGGAAGGAAUACCAGAAGAGGCAGAGAAUGAAGGUUAAAGAAGCAGAUGACAAAAACUCAAAGACCUGCUUUUGGAGAAAACAUCAUUGAUACUCCCCACUCUACUCUUAAAAUAGCACCUCUUCCAUGAAGUCUUCACAAAAUAAACAAAACAGGCUCCCACCAAUAUGCAAUAUCCCUGAUCUCUUCCUUCUGUAUCUCUACAAAGACCUUUCUUUCACUUAAUGUAAAAACUUACUUAACUAGGUCAGCUAAGUGACUCAGGGGAUAGAAAGCCAGACCUAGAGAUGAGAGGUCCUGAGUUCAAUGUGACCUCAGACAUGUCCUGGCUGUGUAACCUUAGGCAAGUCACUUACUCCCAAUUUCCUAGUCCAUAAGGUUCUUCUGCCAUGGGACUGAUGUGGGCUGAAAUGUCUCCCAAACCCUGCCAAGUAGCUGUAAACCAUCAAAAGAACACAGAAACAAUAACUAGUCCAUUAAUUAUGGGACUACCUUUCAGAUAAGCCAUAGGAGUUGCUUAGAAUUACAAUCAUGAGAAAACUCACAUCAAUCUUUAAACAUAACUGAGGUCCUUAGUUGGAGGGUCUCUGAACAGCAAGUAUAGGUAGUUCGUUUUUCCAGUUACACAGGACUUGUUUCAAACAAUGCUCAGUUUCCACACUCAUUGCCUUAGAGUCUUCGGCAGAAACUAGAGCAAAGGUUGAAGAAAAAAGUUGCCCCACAGUAUUUAAGAGUAUUAGCAUCCCUUUUACAAUAUAAUUUGCUUCCCCUCCAGUGGGCAGAGUGGACCAUGGGUAAAGUGACAUCAGUUCCUUGGAAACACAGGGCGGGCAACAACAGCCCAAACAAAUGACCCCUUUCUUAAUAAUUAAGCAAGAUGAAAAGUAUUCCUGAAAGCCCCUACCCACUAUACUUACCACUUUUAUCUUUGCUUACCCUUUACCUAUUACUUACCGCAGCUUCUUACCUCCUUACCUUGCUUUAUUUACUUACUAUAUUAGCCAGCUAACUGUUUAUAGACACACUAUUACUAUAUUCUCUUAUAAUAAAUCUUGUUUCUUUCCCAAUGGAAUUAGUCUGAGCAGUCAGUCAAUUUUUUAGACAAGACCCAGUCAGCCUUGCCCACAUCAGAAUCAAUGCUUAGUAUGAGUCUAAGACGGAAGGUAAGGGUUAAAAAAAUCUUGUUUAACUAGUUAUUUGUUUGGCUUAUGAAUUUGUUUAUUUGUUCAUGAGUAAAAAAUCUAGGAUACUAGGGCUAAAAGAGAAUUUAGAAUAUCUAGUCCCUUGUGUUAGGUGAAACUACAUGAUAUUAUAAAGAAAAGAAUACCAAGACUGAAUGAUAUUAUUGCUUCAUGAUAUCUAGACCCCCAAAAGUUCACUACAAAAGGGUCUAUCCAACACUCUGAACUUGUAGUCAGAUCAUCUGGAUUCCAAUCCUGAUUCCUUCUACUCAAAUCAGUUACCAAAUUUUAAUUCUACUCCACAUCUACUCUUUCAUCCAUCAUAUUAUUGUCAUUUUUUGUUCUUUCAGUUUCAUCCCUUCAUAACCACAUUUGGCAUUUUCUUGGCAUAAAUCUUGGAGUAGUUUCCCAUUUCCUUCUCCAAUUCACUUGACAGAUGAGGAAACUGAGGCAAGUAGGGUUAAAUGACUUGCCCAGGGUCAUGCAACUAGUGUCUGAGACCAAACUUGAAAAGAUGAGUUUUCUUGACUCCAGGCCUGGCACAUUCUCCAACAAAUCACCUUAUCUGCCCCCACAGUGCUCUGCACACAGUUGGCACUUAAAUGUUUUUAAUUGAAUGGAAAGCAAUGAAAAGCAUUAAUUCCAUUAAUUGGGAUAAGGUGUUUCAUUUUUAAAGGAACCAGUUUCUGGAGGCAAUAUUGAUACAAAUAAGUGGCUUAUACAAGUAUUCCUGAUAUCAUUCCCUUUGUGUGAGAUUGGCCCUGUUAUAAAGGUAAUCCCUGCAUUCCACUUAAAAAUGAAAUUUGCAUUUAUGUUUGUAUUUUACUUUCUAUUUAGUCUAACACAUUCCACUGGUCUUCUAAUCAAGGUGAUCAAUUUCUAUUUGUCUUCUUGAAUUGAUGUUUUCCAACUUUCUAAAAUGAACCUCGG